AUGGAGUAUUCCAGACUACCCCUACUCCCAAUCCCAGCAUCUAUUCGCCGUCAGCUGCCUCGGCUGUACUCGUCUCAUAGGGCUGAGCCUGAUACUGAAGGCGUGUCCAGCGGGGCUCUGCGUCCCGGGCUGGCCUCAUCGUCCGAACCAUAUCUACCCUGCCAUGGCCAGUUCGCUGAAAUCGCCGCCACAGAGGCCCAACGGCCGUCAACCGCAAGUGGUGAUCUAGACUCGUUUGACUCUGGAUCUGGAUCGCCUGGAUCGGACAGUCCUCGAACGGAGGAGGCUGGCCUCCCUGCGAAAUACGAGUCCGAGUCUGGCCUGCGGUGGAACCGAGUUGUACCAGCGUUCAAUCUUCUUCGAAGUGCCGGUUAUGAAGCGCAGCAACCACAGGCAGACGGCCGGCUUGCUCGGUCCCUUUACAUGAAUGCGUUGGUUUAUCUGCUCGACGCGCUCCCUGCAGACUUGAGCACUGAAGAGACAACCAUGAUACAACAUCGGCUGCCAGAACCAGUCAAGAUGUCCAUAGCGACCACGCCACUGUCACAGCUUGCUCGUCGAGAAGGACAAGUAGAGAUGAGACGAUACUCGCCGCCAUCGAGAUCGUAUUUGCAUAGACUUCUUGCCUCGACCAUCGUACAAAUAUUCCUGUUGAUCCGGUUUGUCUUGCCUUAUUUCAAGUUAUUUCUCCGUCAGGUCUAUGAAUACGAGCGGUCUCAUCGCAUCACGGAGCGUAUUGUGACUACCACUCUGGAUGCCGCAGAUGGUCUUGGAAAAAGUGGCGUCAACAUUGGGUCGGCAGUUUGUAAACUCAACGAGGGGCGAGUCGGAGCUGCGGUAGGGAAUUUGGCGGCGUGGUGGAUUGAAGGAAUCGCAGGUGGCGUGUAUGAGGGCGUUGGCGAAGGAAUGGUUCAUCUGGGUUUGUUAAAACAAGGCAUAGAUCUGGAUAGACUGGCACUGCAAGUAGAUAGGCGUUGA